AGACGGAUUUCGGAGAAUAUUUUUCAUCAGUCAAUGGAUUGAGAUGAGAGAAGAAAAUCGAGAGCGAACGUGACGAGCCGUGCGAGUUUAGUUUCGUGUGCAGUACAACUAAACUGACGGCGUAUUCUUACAUUUCUUCGAAGACAAUGCAGAAACUCCGCGUGUAGGAUAGUGUUCUGUUAAAAUAUGAAUCUCUUAUGAAAUUUCCUUUGGAACUACAGUGAGAAUUACCGAGUUACCGGUUACUGAAGUAAACAUUUGUGAUUCUUGAAUAAACUUUAUGUGUGAUGGGAGAUAGAGAUUGGAGACCGUUUAUUUACGGCGGCCUUGCGUCGAUCGUCGCCGAAUUCGGCACAUUUCCUAUAGACACAACCAAGACCCGCCUGCAGAUACAAGGACAGAAGAUAGACCCUCGACAUGUGGAGCUCCGGUACACUGGCAUGGUGGACUGCUUCGUCAAGACAUCUCAGCAGGAGGGGGUCAAGGCACUGUACUGCGGCAUCUGGCCAGCUGUGCUCCGGCAGGCGACGUACGGCACGAUAAAGUUCGGCACGUACUACUCUAUGAAGAAAUGGAUAGCGCAGCACAGGGCUGACGGGGGCUCCAUAGAGCACCUGCCUACCAACACCUUCUGUGCGGCCUUCGCCGGUGGACUGUCCAGCGCCAUCGCCAACCCUACUGAUGUGCUUAAAGUGCGGAUGCAGGUGGGAGAUGAGAAGCGCGGGCUGGUGCGAUGUUUCAUGGAGAUCCACCGGCUGGAGGGGUGGCGCGGGCUGUGGCGCGGCGUGGGCCCCACGUCGCAGCGCGCCGCCGUCAUCGCGGCCGUCGAGCUGCCCGUGUACGACGCCUGCAAGAAGCGCCUCACCGUGCCGCUCGGCAACUCCCCGCUCAACCACUUCGCGUCCAGUCUGCUCGCCAGUCUCGGCAGCGCCGUGGCUAGCACGCCGCUCGAUGUCAUUCGGACGCGGCUAAUGAACCAAAGAAAGUUGAAGGGACAGGCGCCGAACCCCAACGAGAGGAUAUACAAGGGCACUGUGGACUGCUUCCUACAGACGGUACGCAACGAAGGCUUCCUGGCGCUAUACAAGGGUUUCGUGCCGACCUGGCUGCGGAUGGGGCCCUGGAACAUUAUCUUCUUCCUCACGUACGAACAGCUCAAGCAGAUGUACUGAACGUGGACUCUUGAUGCUCUGUAGACGUUGCUGGACUUGGUGAUUGAAUCACCAUGGCGCAGUAGAAUCUAGUGCUGAGGGCACGGCGAGAGUGAGCUUAUUGUACGUAGUUAUAGGGAUCAUUAUUCAAUGCCUCACUGUAAACAACAUACGACUUAGUUACUUUGAAGUAAUCUAUGAUUUUGUUAUAUUUCUUUGCAUUUUCUCACCAUUUACCGAAUAUAAGCAUUUCGUUGUUAGAUGGCAGCUUAACCCUAAGUGUUAAAGAGCUUGUGUAAGUUAUUUUAUGUUAAAAUGGUACAGAAACUCGCUUUGUUAAUAUAGUUCCUUGUUAGGUGGUAAGGUAUCAUUUAUUCUGUAUUGACACGUUUAUACGAUGGUUGUAGUCAUGAUCAAUAGUUGUAAUAAAUUAUCGACUUAUCUUUAACGUAGACGCUGGUUGUCUAUGUAUACUAACCAUAUUUUUUAAGUUGCGCAAAGUGCUGCGCUAAAUGCGUUUAAGUUGCGCAAAGAAUAUCACUGUAAAAAUUAACUGUAUGGCAUUUGUUCAAAGUUAUAUGUCCGUAGUGGCAUAUAAGUAUGUGAAUAUUAUCACAGUUUGGAACUUGAACAUUUUAUUUAAGAAAAAUUGUAUAAUAGAAGAUUUUUCAUUUGAUAUUUUGGUUUGUGCAAUGGAAUAUUGUGAGUUGUUAGCGAGGUAUGUGAGAAAGGUCUAUGUAUAGUAUAGUGCCGCGGCCGGUGAGACCGGAGCCCUACACAAGGUGGGGGCUCCGCGGCGCACUACGACGCUUGUGAGAUUGAGGUUAUAGGCACACAGUGCUCACUUUUAGACGAAUAUUAAUAUUAUAAUAUACUUCAAUGUUUUGUAUUAUUUUAUAUGUCAUGUUUGAUGUAAGAACUUGAUCUUUAGAUGUUUCUGCACCGUGUAAUAAAAUUGUAGUUUGCAAUACAAGACUGUAAGUUUUUAGCGUUUUAACGUAUCUUGAAUAUAAUAUAUUGUCGUUGAUAGCACUCUACUCAGUACUAUUUAUAAUGCGCAGUGUCAGUGACUGUGUGGUGACGUUGUUAUGAAGCUAUGUAGUUGUAAGUAGAACAUUUUGUAAAUAUUUAUUUUUGAAAGUAUCUUUCAAUUUAAUGUUAAUAAUGCCAUAUACUGACAUGUCUUUAUACUAUUCUCUGUGAUUCAGAAUAGUGUUUAUGAAGUAAGACGAUUUGUUCAUCCGUAAAGCAUUCAAAGUGUUGUCUAUACAAAGCACGAUUAUGAACCCAACUGAUUAAGAAAUAAGGGUGAUAAUGCCAUACUGGUGAAGUUGUGUUCAAGUGUCAUCCGACUUGUUUUGCUUAAUCAGACGCCAGCACAUUAUGGUACCCCGAAACGUCCAAAUUCUUCAGUAGAUUGUCAACUUUAUUACAAAGUAUUAAAGUCGAAAUUUGGAAUAGAAUUUCGGGUCCCUUGAUUUGCUGACGCGUUAACUUAGGAACAAGUCUUAAUCGUAAAUGGAUAUAAAAUUAAUUGUAUUUCGUGAUCUUAAAAUAUUUGGAGCACGUAUACUAUCAAUGAAUGUGGGUGUCGCUUACAUUAUGUAUGUGUUGUGUGAAACACUAGAAAUAGAAGCUUACUGUGAAUAUACACUAGGUACAAAGAAUUAGCCAAAUUAAUUUAAUCCAAAUAUACACAAUUGUAUAGAA